UUUCCCCACCUUCCCAAGAGGCAUCAACAAACCUACAUCUCGAGGGAGAUGCUUACCUCGAUGGUUUCCUCCGACUCACCAAAGGCCCUGCUGAAAACGUGCCGAUAUUCCAAAGUGUCGGUCGAGCCACCUACAGCCAACCCUUCCUCCUCCAAGACAACGCCACGGGAAAACUCGCGGACUUCACCACAACUUUCACAUUCGCCAUCGACUCGCAAGGCCAACCAUUCUAUGCAGACGGGCUAGCCUUCUUUUUGGCACCAAACGGGUCUGCACUCAACAGUGAAAUAGACAGCCGUUUUGGAUUACCCGUCAUGUUCCCGCAAGCAAACGAGUCCACGUCAAUAGGCAGAGGCGGCCUUUUUGACUACCCCGUCAAACCCCCAGGAACUAACGAGGCCACGAAUCUGUACCCGUUUGUGGCAGUGGAGUUUGACGUCUCUCAGAAUCUAGAGGCUGCUACCGAAGAUCCCACUGCCUAUCAUGUUGGUAUUAAUGUCAACUCUGUCAAGUCUAAAGUUACCAGGGCGUGGAAUGGUGGCAUUACAGAGGGACGAGUCAAUAGUGCUUCGAUUCAUUAUGAUUCUGGAUCGAAAAAUCUUAGCGUUACCUUCACUACUUAUGAAAAUGGUGUCUGGGUGGAAAAUGGUGCCUGGGUGGAUUCAUAUCUUUAUUACAAGGUUGAUCUGAAUGAGAUUUUGCAGGGUUGGGUGAUUGUUGGGUUCUCUGCUGCAUCAGGUUCUGGGACUGCUAUGCCCAAGAUCAACUCAUGGAGUUUCAAUUCGACAUCGCUGAUUGUUGAGAAUGCAAAUAACAACACACCAGUAGCUCCUGCGCCGACCCCCAUUGUUGAACCCGGGUCAGGAAAUGGCAUCAACAUUGGACUUGUGGUUGGGCUGGUUGUUGGUGGGUGUGUUCUUUUGGUUGGUGGGUUUUGUUUGGUUUGGUUCAUUUUUUGGAAGAAGGGGGGAACAGGGGAAAGUAGCGACAAUGAUGAAGAUCCUAUGAUCAACGAUCCAAUUGAUGACGAAUUCGAGAAGGGUACAGGCCCAAAGAAGUUUUCGUACAAGAUGUUGGCUCAAUCGACAAACGAUUUUGACGAGGGAGAGAAGCUUGGAGAGGGAGGGUUUGGUGGGGUUUACAGAGGCUUUGUAAAAGAUUUGGACUCAAAUGUUGCUGUUAAGAGGGUAUCAAGUGGGUCUAGACAGGGGCUGAAGGAGUACGCAGCAGAAGUAAGGAUCAUCAGUCGACUUAGGCAUCGAAAUCUGGUGCAACUCAUUGGUUGGUGCCACGAAAAGAGAGAACUCCUACUUGUUUACGAGUUCAUGUCUAAUGGAAGCUUAGAUUCCCAUUUGUUCAAAGGAAAAAGCUUGUUAGGUUGGGAGGCAAGGUACAGAAUUGCUCAAGGCUUGGCAUCCGGAUUGUUCUAUCUACAUGAAGAAUGGGAACAAUGUGUGUUGCACAGAGAUAUC